AUGAUGGGGCCAGAUUCCCGAUCCAACGCCAUGGUAAUUGUCCGACACCCGCAGGACGAGCACCUCGCUGGGCUUGAUUCCCUUGACUUUGAUCCCCCGUUUGCGAGCGACUUGCCGGCCGCAUCGCCACCUUCAAUCCCAGAGCCCACCUCAACCAUCUUAUCCGAACCGUUGACACGCAUCACUGGCGAACUCGGCCCAGUCUCCUACUUUGGUAGCGAUGUUGGCCAACGUGACUAUGGAGCAUCCUGGUGA